AUGGCAACCACUAUUUCCCCUUUAUAUGAAUGUACAAAAAAGAACAGGUUUAAUUGGACCUCAGAGUGUGAGGAAUCUUUUAAGGCAAAAAAAAACAAAUUAGCUUCAACAAAUAUUUUAAGACAUUACGAUCCUCAAUUACCUAUAAUUUUAACAUGUGACGCUUCAGAAACUGGGCUGGGAGUAGUAUUAUCAAACAGAGAUAGAGAUGGUACAGUUAAACCUAUUUCAUAUGCAAGCAAAAAAUUAAAUUCGGUAGAACAAAAAUACUGUACUAAAGAUAAAGAAGCUAUGGCAAUUGUGUAUGGUGUAACAAAGUUUUAUAAUUAUCUCUAUGGACAACCAUUUGAAUUGGAGACCGACAAUGCAGCCUUAGUACGAAUUUUUGGACCUACAAAAAGUAUUCCUAGAAUGGCUGCCAAAAGACUGCAACACUACGCCAUCUUUCUAUCAGCUUUUAAUUAUAAAGUACGACAUAUCAAAUCAACACUGAACCCGGCAGACUUUUUGUCAAGAACUGUCACUGUAGGUAAUUCAGAAAAUGAAGAAGUUAAUAUCUAUUUAUUAGGCUCUGAUGAUUAUGGGUUUUGCUAUGUAAACGAAUCAGAAAUGGAAACAUUAAAUUGGAAACUAAUUCAAGAUAAUUCAAAAAGGGAUACUAUUUACUCCAAGGUUAUAAGAUAUCUGACUGACGGGUGGCCCGAGAAAAAAGAAAUUGAUAAAGAUAUUCUGCCAUUUUACCAUAGAAAAGAGGAAUUAUCACUAGAUAAAGGUUGCAUAUUUUGGGGAUAUCGUAUAUUAAUUCCUCGGGCCAUUCGGGAGGCAGUAUUAGCCGAAUUACAUAAAAGUCAUUUUGGUAUUAUCCGAAUGAAAGAAAUAGCUAGGUCAUAUUUUUGGUGGCCUAAUUUAGAUUCUAUGAUUGAUGGUAUUACCAAAAAUUGA